AUGGCGUCUCAGCUGCCCCCUCCACUGAAGCCCUGGGAGACCCGGAGGAUACCCGGGGCUGGAACAGGACCGGGACCUGGUCCCUUCUUCCAAUCUGCCGAUCUGGGUCCUACUUUAUUGACAAGGUCUGGGCAACCAACGCUUACAAGAGUACCCCCACCAAUUCUUCCAAGACCAUCUCAGCAGACAGGAAACGGCAAUCUGAACACUUUCAGACCUGCUUAUACUUCCCUUUCUUCUGCUUAUGGUACAUAUGGAAAUUCCUUUUAUGGAAGCUACAAUCCUUACAGUUAUGGAUAUGGUGGGUUAGGGUAUAACCAGUUCCGUAUGGAUGAUCUUCCUCAUAGCAGAUUUGUGCAACAAGCUGAAGAAAGCAGCAGAGGUGCAUUUCAGUCCAUUGAAAGUAUUGUGCAUGCAUUUGCUUCUGUCAGUAUGAUGAUGGAUGCCACUUUUCUAGCUGUCUAUAACAGUUUCAGAGCCAUUUUGGAUGUAGCCAAUCAUUUUUCUCGAUUGAAAAUACAUUUCACAAAAGAGUUUUCAGCUUUUGCAUUUGUUAGGACUAUACAGUAACUGUAUAGGUGAUCACAGCAGAUGAUGGGCUUAAGAAGGGGCUCUGAGAAUGAGAAUGAGUUACAUCUGAAUCCACUAGCAAAAGUGGAGAUAAACAAGAUCUUUGAUAUCCUACAUAUUUACUUACAAUUGAACUGUUUUCAAAAAUAA